AUGCUGAAAAACAACGCUGAGCUGAGGAUCGUGAUGGUGGGGAAGACUGGGAUUGGGAAGAGCGCCACCGGAAACACCAUAAUGGGGCAAAAGUUCUUCCAGUCCAAGUGCAGUCCCAAGUCUUUAACUGUGGACUGUGCCAAAGGCCAGACGGAGGUAGCUGGACAGAAGGUUGCCAUCAUCGACACUCCCGGUUUGCUUGACACCAGGUUUGAAGAAGACAAAACUCAAAAAGAUCUGGGCCAGUGCAUCAGGUACGCUGCUCCUGGACCCCACAUCUUCCUGGUGGUCAUCUCUCUGACCAGAUUCACUGACGAAGAAAAGCAGACGGUGCAGAAGAUCCAAAACAUCUUUGGCGAGGCUGCAGACAAAUACAGCAUGGUCCUCUUUACUCACGGAGACAACCUGGAAGACAUGACUAUUGAGGAGUUUUUGUCUGAAAGUCCAGACCUGCAGGAGCUCGUGGUCAGAUGUAAUGGUCAGUACCACGUGUUCAACAACAGGCUGAAGGGUGACAACUCUCAGGUCGUCCAGCUCCUGCAGAAGAUCAGAGACAUUGUCCAGAGGAACGGAGGAAGCCACUACACCAACGAGAACUUUCAGGAAGCCGAGAGGCUGAUUGAAGAGGAGAAACAGCGCAUCCUGAAGGAGAAGGAGGAGAAGAUACGCAGAGAGAGGGAAGAACUGGAGCAACAGAUUCAGGGAAAAUACGAAAUUGAAAUGCAGAAAAUUAACGAGAAACUCCAGGCCGAGAGAGAGAGGGAGAAGAGGGAGAGGGAGGAGGAGAGGAAGAGGGAGAAGGAGGAGAUGAAUGAGGAGAGGAGGCGGGAGUUUGAAAGGAUGCAGGCGGAACAAAGGAGAGAGAGGGAGGAGAGGGGGAAGGAGCUAGAAGCCAUGAAGAAUCAACUGAAACAGGAGAAAGAAAAAGAAUUCAGAGAACAAGAAGAACGGAUGAGGAGGAGGUACGAGGAGCAAGCCAGGAGGAGUGCUGAACGAAGCAGCGGCUGCACCAUCCUAGGUCGCAGCUCGAUGGAGGAAGAUGUCUUUUAUUCCACGGUCGUGAUUAAAGCUGGCCAGCCCCGAUUAAAAGAGCAGGAAGAGGACGCGACGAUUUAUUCUGAAGUCAAACCCAAAAGGAGUCCGGCUGACCCGGUUGGUGCAGAAAACGAAGGCCGGAACAGUCGUCGGCUGCUCGUCUGCUCGUGGAGUCUUUGUUUCCUCCUGAUCGUCAGCUUCAUCGUCGUCAUCGUCUUCAUCGGAGUGGAGCUGAACCAGCAGCAGAUGAACCUCAGGGACCUCUCUGCAGAAAACCAGCGCCUGACGGUUGAAAAGAGGAGCCUGGAGAACCGGACCCAGGAGCUGAGCCGGAGCAGGGACGACCUGAACUGGACUCUGGACGUCAUCCUGACCUUCAACAGUUUUCCAGUGAACGACUUCUGCCCCGAAAAAAAGUGUCGGCCGUGUCCGACAGGCUGGCUUCUGUUUGGGGACAAAUGUUACCUGUUUUAUAACCAAGACGCUCCCUGGAGGAGCUGGGGGGCGAGUCGAGAGUUCUGCCAGAACCGGGCCGCAGACCUGGUAGUUGCUGACGACCUGAGGGAGCAGGAAUUCAUCAGUGAAAACUCAAAGUUCUACUUCGACGAACAUCACGGGUUCUGGUUGGGUCUACGGAACACCGGAACCGCCUGGGUCUGGGUCGACGGCCGGAACGACACUCUGGGGUUCUGGAAGUCAGAACCCGGCGGUUCCCAGGCUUCAUACGUUCUGCUGCUUCCUGGACAGAACCCGACAAAGAGCUGGAAAGCAGAAAAAAGCAGCUUUCUGAACAAAUUCAUCUGCGAGCAGAGAGUCCUGAAACGGUCCCGUUAG